AUGGUCACCCUCCUCCUCGCCUUCCGGCUCUCCCCUCUCCUCCUCCUCCUCCUCACUGCCCUCGUCGUUGCUGCCGACGAUGGCGGCACGGACGCGGCGGCGCUCCUGCGCCUCAAGGAGUCGUUCUCGGACCCGACCGGCGCGCUAGAGGCGUGGUCGGCGUCGUCGCCGUCGGUGCCGUGCGAUGAGACUGACCCUUGGCCCGGCGUGCAGUGCUACAAUGGCGUCCUCGUCGGCCUCCGGCUCGCGCACAUGAACCUGUCGGGGACGUUCGAUUUCGCCGCGCUCGCGCACCUCCCGGGGCUUCACUCCGUCAACCUCAAGCGCAACAACUUCUCCGGCCCGCUGCCGGCGAGCCUGGCCACCGUGCGCAGCCUCCGCGCGCUGUACCUUUCCUAUAACUCGUUCUCCGGGUCGGUCCCUGGCGACGUGCUCACCAACAUGCGGUGGCUCAAGAAGCUCUACCUCGACAACAAUAACCUCACCGGCCCGCUGCCGGCCGACGCCAUUGCCGACGCGCCGCGCCUCCUCGAGCUCCACCUCGAGAACAACCGGAUCGAGGGCCCCGUCCCGCCGUUUCUUCCGGCGUCGCUCCGGCUGUUCAACGUGUCUCACAACAGCCUCACCGGCGUGAUACCAACCGGCGUCGCCGCGCGGUACAACGCGUCUGCGUUCGCCGGGAACCCCGGCCUGUGCGGUGCGCAGGGGAGCGACCCCGAUGCAUGCGCCGCCGAGCCGGCGCCUGAACCGAUGCCGCCGCCCACGCCUGCGGACUACCUUGCCGUCGAGAAGGAGACCAGCGUGGUCGUGGUGAUUGGCAUAAUCUUGCUCGUGAUCUUGCUGGUCACCGGCGCCAUGGUGCUCAUGCUGCGGCAGGAUGAGAGGAACAGCAGGUCGCCGGCGUGGGACUACCCUGGCGCCAGCGCCGGCUCCGGCAAGGCCGUAGUGGCGUCUACGGGGCCGCAAGCCGCCGAGAUGGUGGCUGUGGACGUGGCUGGCGGGUCGUCCAGCCACGGUGGCUCCCGCGGCGGCCGGCGGAUGGGCGAGUUCGUCCUCAUGAGCGAGGACAGUGUCGCGUUCGGGCUGCCGGAGCUGAUGAAGGCGUCCGCUGAGGUGCUCGGCAACGGCACCCUCGGGUCGGCGUACAAGGCCGCCAUGCGCAACGGCGUCACCGUUGCCGUGAAGCGCAUGCGCGACAUGAACCGUGUAGGCCGGGACGAAUUCGAGCAGCACCUGCUGAUGCUCGGCGAGCUCCGCCACCCCAACGUGCUCCCGCCCAUCGGAUACCACUACCGCAAGGAGGAGAAGCUCAUCGUCUCCGAGUACAUGCCCCGCGGCAGCCUCCUCUACGUCCUGCAUGGGGAUCAGAGCCCGAACAGGGUGAUCCUGGACUGGCCGGCGCGGAUGAGGGUCGCCGUCGGCGUGGCGCGCGGCAUGGCGUUCCUCCACGAGACACUGGGGAUCCCGGCGGGGCGGCUGGUCAGCAUGGACGGCGCCGACUUCGACGCUCCGCCACCUCCGCCGCCGCACGGGAACCUCAAGUCGGGCAACAUCCUCCUCGACGUCGACCUGGAGCCGCGGCUGGUGGACUAUGGCUUCUUCCCGCUCGUGAACAGCGCGCAGGCGCCGCAGGCCAUGUUUGCGUUCCGGUCCCCCGAGGGCGCCACGCGCGGCGUCGUGUCGGCCCGGUCCGACGUGUACUGCCUCGGCGUCGUGCUCCUGGAGCUCGUCACGGGGAGGUUCCCCUCGCAGUACCUCCUCAGCGCGCGCGGCGGCACCGACGUCGUGCACUGGUCGGCGGCGGCCGUGGCGGAGGGCGGCGAGCGGGAGCUCGUCGACCCCGCCGUCGCCGCGGGCGGGGGCGAUGCCGCCGUGAGGCUUCUUCGGGUCGGCGUCCAUUGCGCCAGCGCCGAGCCGGAGUGCCGACCCAGCAUGGCGGAGGCGGCCUGGAUGGUGGAGGAGAUCGCCGCCGCCGGCGCGUCGUGA